AUGGAUGAAAGAGUUCAGAGCCAGUACGACGACUGCUGGGAAGUCGUCCGCCUGUCUGGCGUCGGGCUCUGCCGCGAGAACGGCAUCGUGGCCCCCUGCGGCUACAAGAAGCGCUACGACGAUCGAGUCCUCGGGCCCGGCGACAAGAUCAGCAUCGAACUAAGCAAACUAACCCUUGACCAUGCGUCCGGGCCUGACCAGCCGGGCCGCAGGAGCAGGUCCUCGUCCGUCAGGUCGUCCGGCUUCUACUGGGGAUUUGGCUUCCACGCGGCGUGUUGGGAUCUCCUAGCCGCGUGCUGCAAGCCCAGCCUGCGGAAGCUCUUCCUCGCAUGCUUGUCGACUCCAAUUGGCGACGACGGCAUCCUGGAUUGGGGGCAUACGUACCACGGGGCAGCGAGCCAUACUGCGCCGAAGCCUUUCAGACUGAAGAGUCUGACAUGGGAUGCGCCGUUGGUGGAAGGGCUUCAGGCAGACCCGUUCCACGUCCCUGCGAUCAUGGAUUUGAUUGAAGGUAAAAUCACCCCGAUGGUGGACGAUGCGAUGGCGGACCACAGCUGCUCUCUACGCCUGGAAGACAUUGGUGCUGGCGCCGAUGAUUUCUAUCAGUUGCCUACGGAAUUUCUCGAGAACGUCGUCUCUCUACUCCCAUCUCAAGACGUCCGGGCUUUGCGAAUAGCGGCACCUUCUUUUGCCCUUCUCGAACUAACUGAAGCAUUCUGGCAAUCUCGGUUUAACCAUGAAUACCAGUACAUCCUAGAGGCCCUUGAAGCCAAUCCUGACAGUUGGGAAGCGCUCUAUUUCUCAAUUAGAACCCUGGAGCAUGGCUCUACAAGCCUAAAGAACCGCAAACGAAUAUGGGAUCUCGCGCUCAAGAUGAAGGUCCUGCUCAGCGAAGUGGCACGCGAGCCCUGCGAGGGCCCCCCGGCCUGCUCAUUCUUGGAGCCGUUUGAGCCAGUCGACGAUAACUCAUGGCACAAAGCUGCCCGGGGCGUUAGGACAACCAGCGACCCCUUCUACAGCGGCUGCAGGGCUCUGCGCGCUCGAGCCGUGACUGGGAACGGGCCGCUGAGUGUACGCCAGCUGUUCGUUUCUCUUGUCCAGCUGGGCAGUGGCAUCUUUGUGUCGGGCCUCAGGUUUGCCACCAAGAGUCGGGACGAUAUCUGCAUCGGGUAUAUCCACCCCGAUAAAGAAUAUGCGCUUGACUUUCCUCCUGAAUGCGAGCACGAGUCCUUGUAUACUAUCGCGGGGUGGUAUUUAGCCUUGGAUCUGUCUGGCAUCAGGGCCGUCGCCGCCUUGAUGGACAACGGAAAACUAUCGUCAUGGGCUGGUGAUCCGCAAGGUUUCCCACGAUGGCGACUGGCUGGCGAAGGCGUCUGGAGGGAGUUCAGCGGCGUCAAAGCCGAGUUUGAUGGCUUGAAAAUGGUAUCACUCAGCAGAGCGGUCCUGGAAAUUGGACUGUACUCGGAUCGAACAAUGGUAACUUCCUCGCUAUGGAGCCCCGACGUCCCCCCGUCGGACCUCUAUUAUGACGGAAGCCAGCGAUUCUCGUCUGGCGACAGCUUCGAGCUGCCAUUCUCGGUGGUGAUGUUCGGCGGGCCUAAAGGCGUGGACUUGAGUGAUUUGGUCGAAAUCGGGAUAUGGCUCCAGGGCUACGACACCAUUACCGGCUUUGACUUUGUCUAUACGGAUUCCUCGAAGAACAAACCGUUUGGCCACAUCGGUCGGUACUCAAACGGGUCGACAGAGAUAGUAUACAAGCACUCCGGCUCGCAUCGACACGCGCUGGCUAUUGAUGGGCCAGGGUUGGAGGUGGUCAAGUCGUUGCAGGUAAUGCAGGAGGAAGACUCUAUUCAUGGGCUAAGAGUUCGAACGAAUACAGGCCGGAUUGUCCAAUUUCCGUCUCAUUACUCGAGAGAGACAACUUGGACCCAUGUGCAUCCGUAUGGCUCCACGGUUGUUGGAUUUUAUGCAAAAUGCGGCGCACAACUUCACAACAUAGGGCUGAUAUCUGACAACUCAAUCAACUUUGAUGCAGCACUGGAAAACCGGAAGCUGUCAUUGUCGUCAAGUCACAGGCGGCGGAAGAGCAGGCUUAGCGUAUCACUUGGGCAGCUGUUUAAGCCUUGA